CUAGCUCAUUGUGAAAACCUUGUCACCAGAAAACCCCUCCGAGGCAGAACGGAGUUCCGGUAUUUUCACGAAAAAAGGCUAAACUACGAGUGCAGCUACUUCCGCCUUUAGCCGCGUCUCGUCACUCAGAGAAAUGACGGCUACCUUGCGCCCAUACCUCAAUGCGGUUCGUGCGACCUUGCAGGCUUCCCUGUGCCUGGAGAAUUUCUCCUCGCAGGUGGUGGAGAGACACAACAAGCCAGAGGUGGAAGUGCGAAGUAGUAAAGAGUUGCUCCUCCAGCCUGUGGUCAUCAGCCGUAACGAGAAGGAGAAAGUCCUGAUUGAGGGCUCCAUUAACUCUGUCAGAGUCAGCAUCGCUGUCAAGCAGGCAGAUGAGAUUGAGAAGAUUCUGUGCCAUAAAUUCAUGCGUUUCAUGAUGAUGAGAGCGGAGAACUUCUUCAUCCUGAGGAGGAAACCUGUGGACGGCUACGACAUCAGUUUUCUCAUCACCAACUUUCACACGGAGCAGAUGUACAAACACAAACUGGUUGACUAUGUCAUCCAUUUCAUGGAGGAGAUCGACAAGGAGAUCAGUGAAAUGAAGCUGUCCGUCAACGCCAGGGCUCGUAUUGUCGCAGAGGAGUUCCUCAAAAAUUUCUGAAAGCGAGAAAACCUGGGAAUACAUUUCUUUUUCAAAAACUUUGCUAUCACUGUGCAGCUUUCACAUCGCAAAGCGGAGAGGAGGAAAUGUCAUCAACCAUGAGAAGUUGAGAAACAUUAGGGCGCAGUAAAGGCGUACUGGCAAAAGGGAUCUUUGUACAUAACAUUAGAAGACAUUAGAAGUCUGAUCACAUCCUUUAAACAGCUAUUCAUAUCAAUAUUCAUGAGCACAGGGUAAAAUGGAUUUAAAAAAAAUAUCUAUAAAUAUUAUAUAAAAAUAAAUGUAUUAUCAAUGUUUUAUUAUGACCAACCUUAAACAAUGAGGGCAAUCAAUUGGUGGCAUGUUUCUCCACAGAAAAACACCUACUUUCGAUGGAAAUAAUGAAAAUAAAUCUAGAUAAAAAGCA